AUGGCUCAGCCAAUAGAAAACUGGGUUCCAACAUAUGUUAACGAGAGUCAUAUCGAACUGGGUAUUGAACAUUGUUUUGACGGCAAGAUUCCACCCGCAGGCGGUACCCUGUGGGUUGAGGUUCUACAUACCUUUCCUGACACCACAUCGCCUGUGAAGCUCGUCCGAUUCAACAAUCAGGGAAUCACUGAAAUAGCAGUGCUGAAGCUUUACGACCGGACUCACCCUGGGCGUCUUCGCAAGUUCGCAGCCCCUUCGUUGCUAGCAGAGAGGGAAUAUCGGUCAUGGAAGACUUAUGACCCUCAAGACGCGAUGAAUUACGUCUCUUACGAUCAUGAGAAUGUCGAUUUCCCGUAUCCUCUCUCUGAAAGAUUCGAAGCGGGUGUCUGGUUCGAGUUCUACCGGCGCCACAAGACCGAGUCAAGGGCAUACGCGCAGCUCCAAAGUAUACAGGGCACAAAGAUACCACGUCUUUACGCAAAUGUACGAAUUCCACUAUCCUUUAUCGACAGAGGAUGGAAGGCAACCCCGGAAGAGGAAGAGUUCCUAUGUGUUCCUGGCAUUCUUCUGCAAUACUACAGAUGCCGAAAACUCAGUGAACUCCGACUACCCGGAAUGGUCCACGUAGAAUCCGGUGAGCUGCGCGUCCUGUGGGCUGGCCUGGCUCAACGAACCGUCGAUGCGAUUCAUGAGAUAAACAGGUUCGGCAUUGUUCUCAGAAGCUACAAUAACAAUGCUAUAUUCAGGAUAGAGAAUGACAACGACGAGCCAUGUAUCAUCGAUUUCGCUGAGGCUCUGUUCAAAGAGGAUUUGAUCGAGGCUUGGAUCAAGGGACUUCGUGAAAGAAGGGGCUUAUUAGCGGCGACAGAAUACCCCCCUUGGCAGAGGGAGGUCGGAUAUUGGGAAAUGGUGAAGGUUUACAGGAACCCUCAAUCAAUUGCUGAAGCCUUCUUUAUUCAAUUCUCGAAAUGUGCGCUUCCUGAUUAUCCGACGAUUAUUGAGGGAAUCACGGUGCAGGCGCUGGGCGGGGCAUCUCAAAACAUUCAGACUUGA